GAGGCCGAGGGAGGGUUUGCGUCACCAUGCAGAACAACAUAAAAGCCACGCUCUGAGUGCUCCUUAGCCAGACACAGCAAGAAGCAUCAAGAUAAUUUGCUCCAAGACUCAACUGAGAUCCAAACGAAAAUGAAGCUUGCAGUGUCUUCACUUCUCGUGUGCCUGGUGCUGUGCAUGCAAUACUCUCAAGCUGCGCCAAGCCCACGGUGCCUGUGCAUUACGACAUCGUCAAGUUUCAUCCCCGUGAAGAUGCUGAGAAACAUUGAGUUCAUUCCCAAGAGUUCGCGCUGCAACAAAGUGGAAGUCAUUGUGACCCUCAAAGCAAAUAUGGAACAAAAGAUCUGUCUGAAUCCAGCUGCCCCAUGGGUGAAUGCCCUCGUCAGCAAAUUACUCAACAGGUCCCAGACGUCACCCCAUCGAAAGUGAAUGAUAUCUUACUUGAAGCUCACCGAAGAUUUCGUGAAGAGCAGAAUAUAUAAGGAAGCAUCGCAGCCUGACUCAGUGGUUAUGAUCACAAACAAACUUGAGCAAAAUUGAACAUGCUAUAAAGUAUAUGCUUUUUUGUGAAGUUAUGGGUGGUAGAUCAGAUGUUUAAUGAUGGCAAGUAAGGUGGCAGUCCCUAUAUAAGGGGCCUUAGAACGGUGGCUUGUUAUGAGCCAGAGCUGUGAAAUAUUUGACAUUCCUUUAGCUAAUUCUUUUGGAAGAGUCGUUUGAAUGGCCAAUGAGAUACUCAAUUAUGCAUCCCUAUUUUUGGAUACAAAAAUUGUAUUCGAUUCUAUCUGAAUUGACUAAUACUGGCAAAACAUUCAGAUAUUUGAUUUAAAUUAGCCGCAUGUUAAAAAGUUAAACUUUGUAAAAAAAAAUGUAUUGCUUAUUUCUUUUAAGUUAUUUUUUUGGGUGGGAUGCUGCCCCAAUCUUUUAUAUUGAUUGUGUGUGCAUUUCGUGGUCGAUGGUGUAUAUUUUGUGAGUGUUUUGUGUGUGUUAUGAUUGUAUGUAUGUUGAACAUCUUUUGCACCAUACGUAGCCAACCGUUCAAUACAGACCAGCCUCCACUGCGCUAUUGCACGUUGUCCUGUGUGUGUUCUUAGGUUUUUAAAAUUAAAAUUAAUAAAAGUAACUUUUAUUAACUUUAAUUUUUGACCUACGUGACUUUACCGAAAAAAAUCUAAGAAUAUGAAUCCUUGCAGUCACGAAAGCUUCAAAUCUAGAAUCCUGUGUAUGUAUAUGCAAUUGUAACGAGGCUUGCUACUGUGAUGCAAUUAUUUCCAGUAACCGCCAUGGUGAUGUCUCACCAUGAUGGUGCAUGGUAACUUGGUUCCUGGAAUAUUUGCACUGAAAGUUGAAUCCUCAGCUUCAAGCUUAGACUGCAGUUUAGUCUCGGGGCGUCACUGAUGCUUACUUUAUUGAGGGCGAUAUUGGCACGUAAAAUAUAUAUUGGUUGAUUGAUUGACUGUGAGUCGAACAUUCAUCGUGAUUGGUAUUGUUCAAAGUAAGGAUGGGCACUCAACUUAAGUUCCUAACCAUGAAAUUCACGUCUUUGUUUUGCAGCCCUUUAAAUUACUUCGUGUGCGUGAAUGUCCGUCACUUUUUGUGUUCAUGUAAUAUUUUAUAUUUAUAUAAGAGGAGGCCGCACCUCUGAUUAGCACGGUUGGCUACAUACGGUGUGAAAUAAGUUAAACCUACAUACACAAAGAAGAACGUUUAUUUUUUUUAUUUGGAGCAUCAGUACAGUAUUUUAAGUCAUGAUUGUAGUUGAGAUAUGGGUCUCCUUCGGAGGGAGAUGUCGGUCUCUAGCCCUAUGACAGGUGCAUGGGCGCUAAUCGACCAGAAUGCCGAAUGUUACAUAUUGUUUUCAUGAAUGUCAUUUACGUCCCAGUACAAUACCACUUUCAAUAACUAUGAAUUUUCUUAAGAUUCUGAAUGCAACUGCAUCUCAAAAACACUGCACAGAAAAAAGUGGGCAUUUUUAUUCUCUAGACAGAGGAUAUCAGUCAUAGGAAGAGGAAAGGGGGAAGGUCUUGAAGGCCUGGACAUUAUUGGGGGAUUGGAGUUCCAGACCAUGCCGAGUGUUUUGUCAAAUCCUCGCUGUGCUUGUAGUCGUGUAUCAGCGACACCUGAUGUAGGCACAGAUCGAUAUUGAAGCGUACACGCAGGCUUCAUACAUUUCGUAGGGCGUUUUACAUCUUCAACGUUGUAAAUGCAAUCUCUCUUUGGCGAAACACUUUGAGCUGGUUUCCAUAUAGGAAAACAAAGUAUGCCAGGUAUCGUGUACGUUCAAUGAAAAGUGUGUAUUCAUACAGUAUUUAAAAGUUGACACCGGUUACACUGUAAUUAAUAAAACAAACUAAUAACCUUUUUUAUUGUAUAUGUAUGUGAAAAUAUCAUGUUCAAUUGUCUCACUGUAUUAUUUUAUGUUUUAUGUCAUAAGACUUUUUCAAAGACAAUCAUUGCUACGGGGCUGAUUUUCUCGUGGAAUAUAUCCGGGCUGCCCCCACCCCCCAAAACCCCAACCCCCUUCUCCCCCUGUCCCCAGCCAGCUGGGGUCGAGGGUUAAAAUUCAUUUUCCAGAGCUCCAUCGUAAACAAAGCCCUGUUCUGCUGAUUCUCAUUUUCCAAUAAACCGUCCAAAUGUGA